CGUUCCCGCCGCCCGCCGCGCGCUCGGCGGUUUCCGUGAGCGCUCGGCGGUUUCCGUGCGGGCCGCGGCGCGCUCGGCGCUUGCUCCCUGGCUGGCGCUCCUCAGUCGGCCGCUGCCUGCCUGUCGCCGGGCUGGGAGCGCCUGUGUGUGUGUGAGUGACGCGGCGGAGGUGUAGUUUGACGCGGUGUGUUACGUGGGGGAGAGAAUAAAACUGCGGCGAGAUCCCAGGCGCGAACGAAAGCAGUGACGGAGCAGCCCGCAACCGGCCCUCUCGAAAGCAGAAAUGCUCAACUGGUGGUUUUGCUCCUGCUCUGGAGAGCUGUGGUGCCGCUGGGUAGAGAGAGGCCUGAGUAACUGGGCAGCACAGAGCGGUACACGAGAUUGGUAUUGUGGCUGUGGAGGUAACUAAAUGACCAUGGAAUCUGGAGCAGAGAACCAGCAGAGUGGAGAUGCAGCCGUUACAGAGGCAGAAACCCAACAGAUGACAGUACAGGCACAACCACAGAUUGCAACGUUAGCCCAGGUAUCUAUGCCAGCAGCUCACGCAACAUCUUCUGCACCCACGGUGACCUUAGUUCAGCUGCCCAAUGGGCAGACAGUUCAAGUGCACGGCGUAAUUCAGGCUGCCCAGCCAUCAGUUAUUCAGUCUCCACAGGUCCAGACAGUUCAGAUCUCAACUAUAGCAGAAAGUGAAGACUCACAGGAAUCAGUAGACAGUGUCACAGACUCACAGAAACGGAGAGAAAUUCUUUCCAGACGACCCUCCUACAGAAAAAUAUUGAAUGACUUGUCCUCAGACGCCCCAGGAGUGCCAAGGAUCGAAGAGGAAAAGUCUGAAGAGGAAACAGCAGCACCUGCCAUCGCCACUGUUACGGUGCCAACUCCCAUUUACCAAACCAGCAGUGGGCAGUACAUUGCUAUUACGCAAGGAGGAGCAAUUCAGUUAUCUAACAAUGGCACAGAUGGAGUACAAGGUCUUCAGACAUUGACAAUGACCAAUGCAGCUGCAACGCAACCUGGCACUACCAUUUUACAAUAUGCACAGACCACAGAUGGACAACAGAUACUUGUACCCAGCAACCAAGUUGUUGUACAAGCUGCCUCAGGAGAUGUGCAGACCUACCAGAUUCGCACCGCCCCUACCAGCACCAUUGCACCUGGAGUAGUCAUGGCAUCAUCUCCAGCACUUCCAACCCAGCCAGCAGAAGAGGCCGCACGGAAGAGAGAAGUGCGUCUAAUGAAGAACAGAGAGGCAGCACGCGAAUGUCGCAGGAAGAAAAAGGAGUAUGUGAAAUGCCUAGAAAAUCGAGUGGCUGUGCUUGAAAACCAAAACAAGACACUGAUUGAGGAGUUGAAAGCACUUAAAGACCUUUACUGCCACAAAUCAGAUUAAUUUUGGAUUCCCAUUUUCACUUGUCCAGGUGGGAUGAGAGACUGGUUCUGGCUAUACCCAGAAAGACAAAGUAAACUUUUUAUUUUCUAAACAUUUCUUUUUUUCUAUGCGCAAAACUGCCUGAAGCAACUACAGAAUAUACUUCGUCUGUGCUUUGCAUCAAACUGUGAAUGUUCAAAUACUUGCCUCCACUUCUCCCCCUACAAGAUUAUUUUCAUCGUCAAAUAAUCUCAGCGUGAAGAACAGGCUUCUUUCUCAUCUCCCAUCCUCUUCAAGGAGUUAAAAUGGUCACUUGGGAAGUUACUGUGGGGGAGGGUCCUUUUGUAAUGGCGUCAAGAAUUUGUGCUGAGCUCUUUCCAUUGCCUUAGAGACAGAACUACCCCAGCCUCUUGGCCCAGAGAGCUGUGGGCCACAUAUGUAAAGCACACAUGGUGCAAUGAAGAAGCAGUGGUUGCCAAAGUGGUUUCUCAUACUUAUUUUAAGCUAUAAACAUACGUGUCUAGGUGACAUGCCAAAUGAAAGGCACUUCACAGUCACAUUCUGCGUGUGGAGCUAAAAUACCUUGUUAAACUAGCUCAGGAGGGGUUCUUAUAAGGAAUCUACAUCACUAGUCCCUCCUGAACUAGUGAAAACUCCAUACCUGACACAAAUGAAUUGAAAUAAGCUUCACUGUUCAGUUGUUGCUUCUUGAAGCAUAGUGUGUGCAAAUGUGUUCGGCAUUCUGAAUGCACAAAAAGAAAACAUUGACUUCAUAUGUUACUGGUUGGCAAACAAUAUUUGAAUGGGAAAGAAAUCAGAAUAAAAAAGGUACAGCAGUGAUGCUUAGAAAACAGUCACAUAAUAAGGCUAACACAUGAAAGCACUGCCUAUUUAUAUGCAGAACAACUAAGCAGUUGAAGCGUGGCCAACUCCACGUACAUACUCCCUGAUAACAGUAUAGUUUGUCUGAUGUCCUCUUAAGCAAUCACGUAUUUCUAUUUCCCUACCACUAUCAUAUGUAAUGGAAAUUAUUGAACUUGAAAGAAGCAUUGUCCUGGUUUACUAAAUUAUUUUUCAAAUUUGGAGGAUGUUUUCCAUGCGUAAAUUAAAUUGCAGUAUGGCAACUAUCAGGACAACCUCAAAUAUUGAAGGGGACCUCAGACGCAAAUACUCCAAUCGACUUCUGCUUCUCAAGGGACAAUAUUAAUUAUUUGAACUUGCCCAGGCUAAAUAGAUCCGUAAUUUAUUGAGAGGAUUUUUUCAUGCGGAGGGUCAGAUUUAUCAAGUUGUUAAUGUAAGUAGAACUACUUACCUGCCUCAGAUUUUUGCAAGAUCAGACUUCUUGUGUGUAUUAAGGAAAUAUUUCUGGAUUUACAUUGUUAAAAAAGUGGAUAAUGUUAAAAAUAAUCAGCAUUAGGACUUCCAUUAUGUGUCAAAAAGAAUCACACACUGUUUGUUUCCUGGCCCCCUGGAGUCAGGCUCUUCAUAUAUUAACGUGAGUCAUUUGAUGGAGUAAGUUUACUUUGGGCCUCUGGUCCAACUUCUACAUUUAGGGACGCAUGAAUAAGACUCCGGUCCGUACUAAUGCCUUGCCUAGCAAAGCGUUAGCUCAUAUUUUUUCCCAUUCGCUCUAUUUGUUUUUAAGAUAAAUUUCAAAGAUGAAUUUCUAAGAGGUUAUACAAUCAGUGUGACAUUGCAAGAACAUUUGCAAGACUCUUGGCAGUUGAGUCUCAAGCAACUAAGCAGUAUUAAAAGUUGUAGUUUUCUCAUUUGAGAGGGCAUUCAGUUUCCAAGAGACUUUUAAAGGAGCAGGGUUAAACUUGUAGCAUUAUUUUUAAAUCUAGAGUUAUCAAUAAUUUCAGAUUGUAUUUCAAAUAAGAGAUCAUAAGUAUCAAAAUUAUGAAAGAAUUCAUUUUCAAAUUAAGUUUUGAGGGUGUUUAUAAAUGGUCUAUUUUUAUCUGCCAUAGAAAACUGAUUUUCAUGUUUUUAUUUAACAGAAGAUGAAUUUAUUAGUUUAGCAAUGGAAAUUUAAAGAAGACCCUAAAUUCUCAGCCUCACUUACCUAAAAAUUGUCUGAUUCUUAAAGACAGAAAACACAUGCAUUUUUGACGGUUUCCAGUUCUUCAGAACUAACACUAGAAAUGUUGAUGAUGCAGGCAUGGUUCUCAUCAAGUAUGUAAGCUUAUGAUGGCUUAAUUGACAGUUACAUGGAAUGGUUCCUCCAGCUUUGAGAAUUGUGUAAAAGGCCAUGAGUGCCUGUGUUAAGGCUGUUUGUUUUGCAGAACCACCUGUGUGCAAAAGCUUGAGGUUCUGUACUGAAGCUCUGUGAGACUAGCUGGGAGCUGGGGGAUGCUCCUAGCCAUGGCCGUAGGCACUCGUGGGCAGUCCCAUCACAGAGCCUGGCAAUGCAUGGACCAGGAGCCUACAGCUGGACCUGGACCUGUUUCUUCUGUUACGUGGCUGAACCAAAUCUGUGUGGCAGUGAGAGGAGAACUGCAUUACCCGUCUGUCUGUGUGUGGUCUGUGAGUAGUCUAUUGUGUCAUUACUGUAGACUGCAGUAGCAACAAACAUUUCACUGAGAAAAAGAAUGUUAUUUUAAAGUGCUCCAAGAAUCUUUAUUUUUAUUUAUGCUGCACUGAGGAUUUAAGGACUUGAAUUUCUUAAACAGAAAUUUUUAAUGACGAUGAUAAAAAAUGUAUUAGGCAGAGUACAGGUCUGGCUAGGGUUACCCAUACAUGCUUUACUAUUCAUAGUGACCCAAAAGGGGAAAGAAUAUGAUUCAGGCAUUUGCUGAUGUGUUACUUACCAAGUAGUGAGAUUGGGGUAAUCAGCUUCUAUAAACUAAGGCCAUUUGGAGACAGGACAGCAGUAGUGCUGGCGGGGGGGAAGGUAGUUUUAUAUCUCACGAUCGUGAGUUUUCUCGAACCGAUAGCCUGUUUUACCUGAGGAGAGGGUUAGAAAGGGCUAGAUCCAUUAUGUUCAUAAUAAACGAGGAUUGAUUUGAAAUAUAAUUUUUGUAAUGUCAUUAUUUUGCAAAACUACAGCACCAGUCAGGCAGUUAAGAUAUUGUCAGAGGUGCUCUUUUAAUUUAGAUAUUCUUGGAAAAUACAUAUGUAUAAUAUAUGUACAUAUAUAUAUAUACACACAGUAUAUAAUCUACAGCUCUGAGAGCUUUUAAGUCAGGAAUGCUGAGUAUUAUAGUAUAUGGAGGUCAGAAAAAAUUUUUACUUCUGUGUGCGUCUGGGUGUGUGUGUGGGUGUGUGCGUGUGUGUGAAAGCCUCCCCCUGCCCAGUACUUCUGGGCUGCAUUAUUCUAGCGCUUAUUACUGAUUUGUUUUGUGCUGUUUCUCAGUUAUCCAUUUUUGAGAAUUGUAUUUCAUUUUUCAUGGCUUUUGUGAGUUGGUUUGUUUUUAUCUUUAUUUUUUUUGACAGAGAUUUUUGAAAUGAUGUAAACAGUUGUUUUACAACAGCCACCACCCCCCAGAAUAACUCACUUUUGUGCUUUUUCUCUUUGGCAGCUAUAUAUCAAAGGCAAAACAAUUGGAAUGGUUGUUGAGGUGUUGCUUUUUAAAGGAACCACUGGUAAGACUUCUGUUUUCCUCCUAGAGUAGCAGCAGUGCAUUUGUAUGUAAGCAGCAGUUUCACCAGAAGCAGGUAGUUGCUGGUACCAUUGCUUGUAUCUGAAAGCACAAUUGUAGCCUGUCACGCUGUCAGGACUGUACAGACUCCUGUAGGUUCUGGCUCUUCUGUAGGUCGUGUUUGUGUCGCAGAUCACUAUCUUCUCUGGUAUUUUACAUUGAUCAGAAAAUCGGUGGGGUGUUUGGAAUCAUUAAGAGGCUCAGGAAAAAAAAAGUUAGAUUUAAUAAGGAAAACAGCCCUGAUAGUUUCUGAUCAAAAUUUAUACUACAGUCUUGUUUUGUUUUUUAAAUCUGGGCUUCCAGUAGACAGCAGCUGCAAGUAGUCAUCUGAGCAAAAACAGGCCUCUGCCUUUUUAUUAUGUUAGACAGAAAGCCAGUGCUUUUUGUGGACUAAAGACUGGUCUCUGCAUCACAGCAAGUUCAUUAUCAGUGGUUGCAAAUGCAUGACAAUUCAUAGGGGAUGUCAUUGGUUUUCUAAGACCCUGUUUUUAUUGUCAUUUUUUACCUGAAGGUGGUUAGUGAUGUCACAUUUGCCAAUGAUCUAACCAAAAGGUCAUGUAUUUAUUUUUGUUACACGAUAUCCUUUGUAAAUGUUUAAUUAAAAUGUGCACUUUUUAAAUAAAAAUAAUAAUAAUAAUAAAAAAGCAUAGAAAAAAAAUAAGAACAAUUGGGUUUGCUUAAGAAGCUCCCGGGCACAAUUGCUGCGAUCCCGCUGCCUGCACACAAUUCACUCCUCUCCCCACAGCAGUUGGCUCUUUCACCAGUGUAACUUGCUGAUCAGCACCGGCUUCCAGCAGGCACUGCUUCAGACUGGCAGGAGAUGUGAGUGGGUGGUACUGAAGAUGGCAAAGAAUUAAGUGUGUGGUGUCUCAGAGCAGUAGGUACAGGAUGGAUGUGGCAUUAUUUUUAGACAGAAUAGAACAGGUUCAGUGAUCCCAGGUGAGAAAGGGAGAUAACUCAGAAAGAAAGCCCAACUCUUUCUCAGCCUCUUUAUUCCCCUUAAUUUGAGAUUUAGCUGUGCAUUUUAAAAGCUGCAUUCCAAGAAAAUAAAUCAAAACGCUUUAUAAAUCUUUGACACCGGGAAUUAAAGGUAUGCUGACAGUGUGUCACUUUGCUUUAAAAGAAAAAAAGCACAACUAACUUAUUUGUGCAGAAAUGAUAAUUUAGCUAUAAUCCUGAAAUCUGUCACAGUAAGCAGGUUUUAAAAGCAUACAGUACUUUCAUGGUUCUCAUGUACUGUGCCUGGGAACUCAUUUCCCUGAGCUUUUGUAUUUGCUGGCUGUAAAAGACUGAUUUUGCAGAAACCUGAAUGUAUCAUGGAGCUCAGCUGAAGUCCUACCUGCUGUGUGCUGGUGGCAGGUUCGGGAUUGUGGAUAGACAUGGCUUAAAUCUGUUCAUCUUUUAGGGAAAGGGACCAGAUCCAGGUGGUAAGGGGGGUUGCAUUUUAAGUGUUUUGUCUUGGAAUGUACUUUUUACAUGUACUUAAGCUCUGUCCUGCAAAGAGACUUGCUCUGGCUAUUUUGUGUAGCACAAAUUGAAGACACUGACCUGUUCUGGUGCUACAAGUGCAGUUCUUGGCCUGUGGUCCACAGCGGUGAGUCUAGGUCUCACUUUCACCAGCAAGGAGGAGGAAUAGCCAGCUGUCCUCGGGAGCCGUGUACUGACAGGGAAAGGGCCAGGGAGCAGCCAUAGUGAUCCAUGGUUAGCGCUCCUCCAUAAGCUGAGCCCUUGCUGUUCUCAUUGCUUGGGAGCAGUCGGUUCACUGAGUUUCAGCUUCAGCAAUCUAUUUCUCUAAAUUAGGGAAUAGCUGAGUGAGAGCAAGGGAAAGGUCUUAAGCUGGUCAGUUGUCUGGAAAUGGAUGCUCUCCACAAGCUGUGUUUUAUCCAGUGCCACUCCAUUUUAUUUUUUUUUUUUGUGUGUGUGUGUGUUUGUAAUAACAUUUAUUUAUAUUAAAACAUAAAGUUUAAAAAUUCUGAACUGCGACUUUGUAUGAGAUUUAAUGCUGUGCUGCUGAUAUGGACUUCUAUGGAUGCAAUGGGGAACAGGGCAAAAAGAGGUGUUCAUUGGCAGCAAGAUCCUCCACAGGCUUGUCCACAGAUCAGUUGUUCACUGCAAAAAUGAGUUUCUGGUUGUCUGGAUUUAUAAUUUAAAAUUGUUUUGGAACAGUGUUUUUCAGGGAAGCUUCCAGAGCAAGAGUUAUUGUUCUCCCUUUGUAAUGUAUGCUGGAAAGGGCAAGUUCACCUCAUCUGCAUUUCUGGUUCUUUACUCAAACCAUGUUAGCACAGAACAGGGUAUUUGAGCUAAACUCCCACGUACCUGUGGUAGUUAAAAGACUGAAAGAAAAUCCAUUCUUGGGGGAAAAUAAAUCCUAAUUUACCUUUCCCCAAAGAUCUAGAAACAUCCCUGUUGUGUUUAUUUUUUUUUUUACUUAUUUUUUGUGCUUUAUCUGUGUUUAAAAAAAAAAAAGAAAAAAAAAAAAAGCUGUACUGGGUUAUAAUGCAUUUUAUUAACACUAUGUACAUAUUAGCUGCUUUAUGUUUCAGAAUGGUAGUAAUUGCUUUGUAUAUUAAAGUGAUUCUUGUGAAUUUGUGAAUUAUUGUCAUAAAGACGUGCUUUUUCUUACUGUAACCUUUGUGGUAUAAACUGUCAUAACUCCCUUUUUACACAAACAUUUAUGUGCAGUCACAUAAACAUGCUUUUAAAAACUCUAAAAAGUCUCUUUUUUGAGCAGGAUUUUCCCUUUGCACUGAUUGAGAGGCAGAGCUAGAUAGGAAUACGGGAAAGGGCACAUUUUAAGCAGAUGAUGGUAUCCUCAUGACUUGUGGCGUGCUGUGAGUAUUCAUGAGUAUCUUCCCAAACAGAAUGCUUUUAAAAUCUUAAUUAAUUUGAAUUAAUUAGAGGGUAAAUCCUGAAGACAAAGUUUAUCUUCCACUUCUACUACCUAUUUUUAAACUUCCUUUCUUGUAUCUGUUUUGGUGGUACUUGGUUCUGUUGUUUAAUAAUGUGUGAAAGAUUUUUCUCCUUUCACAGUUUAAAUAUGCUAUCUUUCCCACUUGUAAGCAUUACUCUUAAGCCAUGUACUGCUGAUUUUGAGAACAGAAGAGAAGGCAGCAAACACUGCAAAAUCACAAAUUGAUUAUGUAAUCUGCAAGGCUGGAUCGAACCACCGGGACAAAAGCCAGAAUAAAUCCAUCACUGAUGCAAUGCACCAAGGGAAAGAAGAAAGGUUGACUCAUUAUGGGUGGGAUUUUGUGGUUUUCACAACUAAGCAUUUUAAUAAUGUUGUUCCUAUACUUGUUCACAGAAUCUACAUCUCUGCAAUGAGGGGAAUCCCAGGCAGGUUAGUUUGUAAGAUAAAAAUGCAGUUUGUCUUGAACUUCACACUGAAGGAAUCAGGUAACACAGGUCCCUCUGCAGUCAGUACAUCAUCCAGUUAACCUGGUACUUCUGGUGCUGAGGCACCUUGAAGCUCUUUGUAAGAUACAGAGCUGAAUUUUAUACUCUGUCUUCGUAUUAAUAAAGCACCAGUUUUGCAAUGACACUGCAGUUUGUUCCCUCACAGAAUGGCGCAUUUCAGAGACAGUUGCAGAAAAUCAUGGUUUGUUCACGUCUACCCAGUCACUUCUCUGUGUCUUGGAUCCUCCCCCUAGGGUGAGUGGUUUUUUUACUGUCAAGAGUCUGUUUAUGCACUGCGUCACUACUCUGGGACAAUUGCACCAACAAGUCCUCCAUUCAGUUCAGUUCACAUGAUAAUGCAAACCAGGAGUGAUGCAGUGAAACCACCUAAAAGACAAUCUCACUGAUUUUUUUUAAGUAUAGGAUAAACACAGUGGCAGAAAGUGCCUGGGCAGGGUGUUAGCAUAAUUGCCAUGCAGCUGCUGAACCAUUAAUGUGCAUCAUCUCAUUCUAGAUCAGAAGCUAGCCUGGGACCAAUCAGUCGGGACACGAGAGUUUGGUUUUGCCUCAGGCUUGCAGAUGUCAUUGUGGAGAGCUGCUCUCAGUGCUUACCCAAUGGGGCCAUUGCUCCCGUCCUCCUGCCCUACACAUCUGGUGUGGUUCACUCCUAAGUCUAGAAGCAGCCAGGGCUGAUCUUUUCUGCCACAUGCCUGCUCUCAGAAAGGUUGCUGGCUGUAAAAGCAGCUACACAGUGGGAGCUGCUAAACAAUUAGAAAGCAAUGCAAUUAGAUUGAUCUGUUUUAAAAAUUCAAAACUUCUCAUCAUAGCAAGCCAUGGAGCAAAGAUUCCCUUUUUAACAUCAUACAGGUUGUUAAACUUCUAGGUUUUAUUCUGUGCUGUUUAAGUAGGCUUUGAAGGCAGCAGUGCAGCUGCAGCCUCUUGCAGGGGCUGAGCACAGCCAGGUAGCAGACCUUCCCCAGGAGCCAAGUCACGUGCGCAGGCAGGCACAAACUGCAGCAUUCUGCUUUCUGCCAGCCCCAGCCCCAAGGGAACCAAAACAUGCAGUGACCACAGAUGAGCUAAGAGAGAAGGAAGUGCUAGGGGGGAGGAAAAGGAAGAGGAGCAGUGAGAACUGAAGUUCCAUUCCAAACAUUACAGCCAGAAACAGAAUUGGGAGGGCUUGUGAUUUUUUUCCAGAUGUUGCUCACCAAUUGGUAGGACAGAAAAGACAGUAUGGCACAUUACAGCUCAUACCAUGUUCUGCUUUUAAUUAAAGGUGCUGUCUUCAUUUCCUCAAAAGACUUCAAUGCUAGUUUGAAACUGCAAAUUCCCAGUAAGUACUGUUUUAGUGACACCGUGUGGCUUCUAAGUAUACCGUUGUAAGCAAGCGUAUUACAAAGCAUCCGCCCUCAGGUGGAGUUCAGAGCCAAGCAGAGAACUAAAGCUGAAAACAGACAACAGAUUCUCCAGUGGCAAAAUGCAAGGCCUUCGGGCCUCAUUGGUGGAAGCCAUAAUGACGUGUUAUUUCCAGAGUACAAUCUGCAUGUCACUUCUGGAUCACAGACCCUCAGCAUCUUCUCAUUAGGAAGUCUGAUGGAAGCAGGUAUGGCCUCCACACUUGCAAGUUAGAUACAACCACUAAUUUCUAAGUUAGCUUGCUUUGAGCUGUUGAUCCCCCUCCUACCCCAGCCCUGGUUCUUUGUUUCCCUACUCUUCUUCAGUUCAGUAGUGGUAGCAAUAGAACAGAUUUAUGGCAUCUGCCUUCAUUGGGUGUGCCCUUUGCAUGGUUUCUUUUACCAGAGUGUUAAAAAUGUAGAAGGUCUGAUGAGUUAAAACAUUUUGAACUGAAGUCAUAAUUUCUUCCACUUUUCAAUAGUUGAAGAAGUGAUAAAAGGAAAAAAUCCCACCUAAUCUAAUUUCUAAUAUGCUUCUCAUGAAAAUUAAGUGUGAAAAUUAAGAUUUUUAAACAACAGAUCUUUUGAUUACAUUUUUCAUGUAUGACAAUUUCUGCAACAUAAAUCAACUUCAAAAAUUAUUUGAUAAAAAGUUGUUGGAAGACCUUACACAUUUCUUACUGGGGAAUGAAGUGGAAAAUCAAUAUG